AUUGCAGAUAUCUUCUUUCCUUCUAUAACUGAAAAAUCCUAAAUUACCAAAAUUUUAGCACAAGAAACUUCUAUUUACAAAAAAUAACAGAAAUGGAUUGGGUAAGAGGUGAAGCAAUAGGCCAUGGAAGCUUCGGCAAAGUUAGUUUUGCAAUACCCAGAAAACAGAGCACUCAAGUUAUGGUGGUCAAAUCAUCUACAGCUUCUCGCUCAGCUACUCUGAAGAACGAGAAGUUGAUUUUGGAUGAGAUUAAGGGUUGCCCACAAAUCAUCAGUUGCCUUGGUGACAGCUAUUCAUACGAAAAAGGCGAAAAAUUGUACAAUGUCUUGUUGGAGUAUGCUUCAGGAGGUGCCUUGUCGGAAAAGUUCAAGAAUUCCGGUGAUCGUAAGUUGCUGGAGAUUGAAAUCAGAAAAUACACCAAGUCCUUACUGAAAGGGCUACACUAUAUCCACAAGUGUGGCUAUGUUCACUGCGAUAUUAAACCGCAGAACAUUCUUCUUGGCGAAGAUGGUCAAGUCAAAAUCGCUGAUUUUGGGCUGGCAAAGAGAAUUGAAUCAAUAAAAGACGAUAAAUUGAGAUGUGAAUUGAGGGGUACCCCACUAUACAUGUCGCCGGAAAUGGUCACCGCCGGCGAACUAGAUACUCCCGCCGAUAUCUGGGCACUUGGGUGUGUAAUUGCUGAGAUGGCAACAGGAGUUCCAGUCUGGGGAUACUCAGAUUUAGCCCAACUAUUAAUGAAAAUUGGAGUUGGUGAUGAGUUGCCUGAAUUUCCGACGAAGUUAUCGGAAGAAGGAAAUGAUUUUCUUGAAAAAUGCUUCGUGAAGGACUCGAAAAAGAGAUGGACGGCUGAGAUGCUUCUAAAACACCCCUUUGUUGCUGAUGAAGAUGACACUGUUUUAUUGAAUGAAGAAAGAUGCAACAGUGGCAGCCCUUCAACAUCUCCAAGGUGCCCAUUUGAUUUCCCAGAUUGGGUAUCUGAUGACUCUUCUGAAUCAUCAGUAACAUAUCCAAUUACAUCUUUGCCAAUUCAAGAAUUGCGGAAUUUGAACGGCGGGUCAUGGUCCACAACGCCGGCUGAAAGGCUGCGGGCAUUGUUAAGUGGUGAAAUCAGACCUGAAUCUGACUGGUCGGCUGCUGAUGGUUGGGUCAGCGUUAGAUGAUGUCAAAUCAUUUAUUAAGGUUUUCGGUGAUUAGAGUCA